CCUCAGAGACGCACACACGAGAAAUAAGCCCUCCCUCCCUUCCUCCCCUCUCAAGUUCCUCAUCUUUUUCUACAUCAACCAAACGAUCGACCGUGGCUGCCUCCUCCCCCGGACCUGCUGCCUUCGUUAAUAUUCCUGCUCUCAGCCAAUGGACCAAACAGGGCGGAUGACAUCAUGGGCUAGGGAACAGUGAGCAGCCAGUCAAGCAUCCAGCUCGCCGAGCAAGCCUGCCGUUUUCGCUCGUAGGGUCAGAAACUGGUCUGACAAGAGAACAUGGCACUCCUGCACGGCAACUGUCAGUAGGACCUGUACGUUGGACGAUGAGUUGCCGACAACACCGGGCCCAAAGGCGAUACACUGAGCCAGAGAAUGCCAAGACAUAUUUCAGGACGUUGUAAGUAUUACUAAAGAUGUCUGAUAGUGUCGAUAUUGAAGAGAAACCACCGGCCCCUCCCUUGAGAAUGAACAGUAGUUCCCGAGACUCUUCAUCAGUGAAUCACGCAUCCAAACCACUUCCAAUGGCUCCCGAAGAGAAGAAUAAAAAAGUCCGCCUGCGCUCCAUCUUCCCUGGAGGAGAUAAGACAAACAAGAAGAAAGAGAAGGAGCGUCCUGAGAUCUCUCUACCCUCUGACUUUGAACACACCAUUCAUGUUGGCUUUGAUGCUGUAACGGGAGAGUUCACGGGCAUACCAGAGCAGUGGGCACGGCUCCUCCAGACCUCAAACAUAACCAAACUUGAGCAAAAGAAAAACCCACAAGCUGUCUUGGAUGUUUUAAAGUUUUAUGACUCCAAAGAGACUGUCAACAACCAGAAAUACAUGAGCUUCACCUCGGGAGACAAAUCAGCACAUGGGUAUAUCGCAGCCAACACUCUGAACCGACUGCUGUCGUCUGGGCCUCCUGUCAGCCUUAGAACCUGCAGCGCGUUAUUUGAAAAGGGUGCCAAAACGUCAUCAUCUGAGCCCCCGAUAGCUCCCCCUGUGUCAGAAGAAGAGGAUGAAGAGGAAGAGGAGGAGGAGGAGGAGGAAGAAGAGGACGACGAUGAUGAACUGCCCCCUGUCAUUGCACCCCGGCCCGAGCACACCAAAUCGAUCUACACACGCUCUGUCAUGGAGCCAACGAAGCCCCCGACCCCUGUGAAGGAGGUGUUGACUCCACCGGAGUCCCAGGUCCAGCCAGAGAACACAUCCAACACAAUGUAUCGCCACACCGACCGCCAGAGGAAGAAGUCCAAAAUGACAGAUGAGGAGAUCUUGGAGCGACUCAGAAGUAUAGUGAGUGUGGGGGACCCCAAAAAGAAGUACACACGCUUUGAGAAAAUAGGACAAGGAGCAUCUGGCACUGUGUACACUGCCAUUGACAUUGCCACUGGCCAGGAGGUGGCCAUUAAGCAGAUGAACCUGCAGCAGCAGCCCAAGAAAGAGCUGAUCAUCAAUGAGAUCUUGGUAAUGAGGGAAAACAAAAACUCCAAUAUCGUCAACUAUCUUGACAGUUACUUGGUAGGAGAUGAGCUAUGGGUGGUGAUGGAGUAUUUAGCCGGUGGCUCCUUGACUGAUGUAGUGACUGAGACCUGCAUGGAUGAAGGCCAGAUUGCAGCGGUCUGCAGGGAGUGUCUUCAAGCCCUGGAUUUUCUACACUCCAACCAGGUGAUCCAUAGAGACAUCAAGAGUGACAACAUCCUCCUGGGCAUGGAUGGCUCCGUCAAACUCACGGACUUUGGCUUCUGUGCUCAGAUUACUCCUGAGCAGAAUAAACGUAGCACGAUGGUGGGCACGCCCUACUGGAUGGCACCAGAGGUGGUGACCCGAAAGGCCUAUGGACCAAAAGUGGACAUUUGGUCUCUGGGCAUCAUGGCCAUAGAGAUGGUGGAGGGUGAACCACCCUAUCUCAAUGAAAAUCCACUUAGGGCCCUGUACCUGAUAGCUACCAACGGCACACCAGAGCUGCAAAACCCAGAGAGGCUGUCGUCUGUAUUCAGAGACUUCCUUAACCGCUGUCUGGAGAUGGAUGUGGAUCGUAGAGGCUCAGCCAAGGAGCUUCUCCAGCAUUCCUUCCUGAAGUUAGCCAAGCCUCUAUCCAGCCUGACGCCUCUGAUUGUAGCUGCGAAGGAAGCCAUAAAGAACAGCAGUCGCUAGAGCGCACCUUUAGUCCACGCCCAAAGCUGGAACCUUGCCCCCGGAUUAAUGGGGAUUGGGGUUGGGUGUAUGGUCGGUGGGUGACUCAACAGCGACAG